UUGUGUAUCAGGUUGUUUACAGGUUGUUUAUCAGGUUGUUUACAGGUUGUGUAUCAGGAUGUUUACAGGUUGUGUACAGGUUGUUUACAGGUUGUUUAUCAGGUUGUUUACAGGUUGUGUAUCAGGAUGUUUACAGGUUGUGUAUCAGGUUGUGUACAGGUUGUGUACAGGUUGUGUAGAGGUUGUGUACAGGUUGUGUAGAGGUUGUGUACAGGUUGUGUAUCAGGUUGUGUACAGGUUGUUUACAGGUUGUGUAUCAGGAUGUUUACAGGUUGUUUACAGGUUGUGUAGAGGUUGUGUAUCAGGUUGUUUACAGGUUGUGUAUCAGGAUGUUUACAGGUUGUUUACAGGUUGUGUACAGGUUGUGUACAGGUUGUGUAUCAGGUUGUUUACAGGUUGUUUAUCAGGUUGUUUACAGGUUGUUUACAGGUUGUGUAGAGGUUGUGUAUCAGGUUGUUUACAGGUUGUUUAUCAGGUUGUUUACAGGUUGUGUAUCAGUUUGUGUACAGGUUGUGUACAGGUUGUGUACAGGUUGUGUAUCAGUUUGUUUACAGGUUGUGUAUCAGGAUGUGUAUCAGAUUGUGUAUCAGGUUGUUUACAGGUUGUGUACAGGUUGUGUAUCAGGUUGUGUACAGGUUGUGUACAGGUUGUGUACAGGUUGUGUAUCAGGUUGUUUACAGGUUGUGUACAGGUUGUGUACAGGUUGUUUACAGGUUGUGUACAGGUUGUUUACAGGUUGUUUAAAGGUUGUGUAUCAGGUUGUUUACAGGUUGUGUACAGGUUGUUUACAGGUUGUUUACAGGUUGUGUACAGGUUGUUUACAGGUUGUUUACAGGUUGUGUACAGGUUGUGUAUCAGGUUGUGUAUCAGGUUGUUUACAGGUUGUGUACAGGUUGUUUACAGGUUGUUUACAGGUUGUGUACAGGUUGUUUACAGGUUGUUUACAGGUUGUGUACAGGUUGUGUAUCAGGUUGUUUACAGGUUGUGUACAGGUUGUGUAUCAGGUUGUGUACAGGUUGUGUAUCAGGUUGUUUACAGGUUGUGUACAGGUUGUGUAUCAGGUUGUGUACAGGUUGUGUAUCAGGUUGUUUACAGGUUGUGUAUCAGGUUGUGUAUCAGGUUGUGUACAGGUUGUGUAUCAGGUUGUGGUCCUGCAGCAGGAUAACAUGGUGGAGGUUCCAGGGUUCUGAUGGGUCUCUUCUCCUCUGUUGUUGUGGAUCCUGAGGGACCACUUAUGGACCUUCUGCAGCAGGAAGCAGCGUCUGGAGACCACAGAGCUGCAGCAUCCGCCGGGUGCAGGAGGAAACAAGC